AUGAGUCUAAAGAACAUGCUGUGGGGCCAGUCAUCUAAUGUGAGCACCCAGCGGCUUGAUACCAGUGAUGAUGAGGAGGAGAGGGAGAGGGGCGAGAGGCGAGGAGGAGGAGGAGGAGGGAGGGAAAGGGAGGGAGAGGAGCGAGAGGAGGAUGAGGAGGAGGAUGAGGAGGGGGAGGAGGGGAGUGAGGGAGGCAGGUCGGUGUGGCUGAUGGUGGCAGUGCGGGAUACGGGGAUUGGGAUCAGCCGGGAGAAGCAGGGGGAGAUUUUCCACAACUUUGUGCAGGCUGACACGUCGAGCACACGCGUGUAUGGCGGCAUCGGGCUGGGUCUCAGUAUCGUGCAGAGUCUGGUGCACAUGAUGGGGGGCGAGAUCUGGGUGGAGAGCGAGCUUGCUCUGGAGUCCGCCGUGGCUAGCUCUUGGCCCGGGAAGGAGGUUGGGGAAGGGAAGCAAGCAGCAAAGCCUGCACCCCAGUCCUCUGCCUCUGCGGCCCUCAACCCGCCACACAAGCGCCAGCGACCUCUCCUCACAGCCACCUCGCUGCCCCACCCUGCCUCCCACACCUCUCGAUCCUUCACCUCCGCGGCUGCGGCUGCUGCAGCUGCAGCUGCUGCUGCUGGCGGUGGUGCUGCUUCUUCAGGUGGAUUCUCAGGUGCUGGUUCAGGUGGGAAGCUAGCCCGAACAGGGUCUGGUGCCGGUGCUGGUGAAGGGGAAGGGGACGGGGAAAGGGAAGUGGGUGGACAUGGAGUGGGUAUGGAGAGGAAGGAGGAGAUGGAAGGAACAGGGCUUGAUUCUGUGGCGAGAGCACUGAAGCAGCAGCAGGAACAGGGGCAGCAGGAGCAGGGGAAGCAGCAAGAGAAGCAGGGGCAGGAAAAGCAGCAAGUGAAGCAGGGGCAGGAGAAGCAGCAAGAGAAGCAGGGGCAGGAAAAUCAGCAAGAGGAGCAGCAAGCAUCAGAGGCACUUUCCAAUCCAUGGAACAUCUUACUCUCACCAAUGGACCCUAACCACACACCCCAUCCCUUCCCCUCUCUCCCUCCCGCCCUCCUCUCCCAUCCCCCACCCUCCCACGCUCUGUCUCGCCCAGCCCUCCCUUCGACUCUUGCUCUGCCCCUCGUCACCCAGCAAUGCCUCUCCUCCCCUCCCUUUGUCUCUGGUGCUUCGGGCUCGGACCCUUGGACCCCAACCACUGCCGAUGGCUCGGCUUCCUUCUUCCACUCCUUUGCUACCUCCUCCACCUCUACCACCCCCACUGCGCUCACCCCUGUUGACGGCACCACCCCCACCACCACUGCUGCCAACACGCCUGUUGAGGGGGGCACUCCUACCACGCCUGCCAGCAGCACCGCUUUCAACCGAGCUCAAAAGUCCCCCACCACUCCUGCUGGGUCUGAUCUGGACUCUCCGGCUGCCGCUGCUAUGAGCAGGCCUAUCAGCAGGGGCGGGGUGCGCAUUCUCCUAGCAGAGGACAACCUGGUGAACCAGCGAGUGGCCACACACGCCCUCUCCAAGCAGGGCGCGCGCGUCGAGGUGGUGGGCAACGGGCAGCUCGCUCUCACUGCCGUGGAGGAACGGGCGGCAUCGUUCGACGUCAUUCUCAUGGACAUUCAGAUGCCGGUCAUGGAUGGGCUGGAGGCCACUCGCCGCAUUCGCCAGCUGGAAGCUUCCAGGAGGCGUCUGUCGGGUGGCAAGGCAGCACGACAGCACGGGCAGAAGGAGGGGAAAGAGGGGGGAGGGGGAGAGGGAGCGAGGAUUGGGAUAGUGGGGUUGACGGCGCAUGCAAUGGCUGGGUACAAGGAGCAGUGCUUUGAAGCUGGUAUGGAUGGGUAUGCCACUAAGCCCUUCAAAAUCGAGAUGCUAGUGCGAGCGAUUAAAGCCGUGCUGGGAGGGGCGGUCAAUGUGGAUGGCACUAAGUAG